GUCCCUCUGCAGGGACUCCUAGCUUGCACUGGCCCCGAGCCCGCCCGCGUGUUGUUGCAAGUUUCAUGCCCAAGCACUAAUUAAACCCCAACGUGUGCCCCGUCCCUCUCUAAUCGUCAUCGACUACCUUCGUUUGCUAUUGCUCGCGCUCGCUGUAAACCGAUCUCUCGUGUGCGACAUCAGUUCGAUCGUACCGUACCGUUGACUCCUAUUCCCAUCCGAACUCAAUUCGCUCUGGACCUUCGUUCCCCUUUUCGGCCCCUCGGCCUGGUGCGACACCACAAUCACACACAACAUCGCAGCGCAACCAAUACACAGUCAUAGCAUUGGCUUCCCACUCAUUGAGCCAUGGCAUCUCCUUCGCUUUCCGAGCUGGAGCAGCGCAAUCGCCUGCCCACUCUGUUUGAAGUUCUCAGUCGGCGAACGCUCGCUCCCGUCGAUCUUUUUUCCUUCUACAUUUACAUGCGCGACCAGCAGCGAUCGGUGGAUUACCUAGACUUCUGGCUGGAUGUCUCACAGCAUAUGUCCCUCUGCCGCCACUAUGUUCGUGAGCUGCGCCGAUCCGUUCUCGUCGCGACGCCUGAUCUGGAAAAGGCCGACAGCAAAGGCUCUUCCGCUGCCUUAGACAACAUCGAGCACCUCAACGAUAUCCCUCUGGUCGAAGCGGGACCCUCGGGGUCGCGCCAUGCCCUCUACGAAUUAGAAGACCGCGACGCAAACCAACGACUGUCGGCGUUCCUCCGCUCGGACGGCCAUAUAUCGGGACAUUCGCCGCAGAGCAGCUUGGGAUCACAGAACGCUGCCCGCAUGGCGUCGAACGAGCAGCCCCCGCAAGAUAGCUCCGGGACUCGAAACGACUCGCCGUCGCCCGGGCACACUGUGGCACGGGCGGAUAUCCGCGCAAGCGCAGAGAAGAUUCUGUACACAUACCUGCUUCCCGGGGCCGAGAGAGAAAUCGUUCUCCCGGAGGAGAUGGUGACGACGAUUAUCGAUCAUGUCGAAGACCACGGCCGGGAUGACCCCGAGGUGUUCGACCCGGCUAAGGACUAUGUCUUCCAGGCGAUGGAACGCGAUGCAUUCCCCGGGUUCCUGCAGGCCAAGGCGCUGGGAAACCUAGUACCUUUGUCCAUCAUCGCCCGUCUUGCGUUUGCGCUGAUCAGCUUCGGUGGAGGUUUCUGGGGUGCCUUUUACGUCGUCCUUCGCGACAAGCCCCGACAUAUACGCUGCUGGCUGAUAUUGCCCUUUGCCGUUGCGUCUUACUUCCUCGUUUCGUACCAGUACAAACUGGACCCGGUCAUGGCGUUCUUGGGCUACAGCGAAUACACAUUUAUGACCUGGUCCCCGAUCCGCGAACCAUACGUGCGGAAGCUCCUGAACAAGCGCGCCACGGCGACGGCUCUGAUCGCCUUCUUCGUGGCCACCGCGCUGAGCAUUCUCUUCAUCUUCGUCCCCGGCACCAUGCUCUAGAUGACGCAACCUCUUUUGUGUGUGCCAGACCUGCCUUUUGACCUC